AUGGCGACGACGACGGAGACAGUAGCCGGAUUGCCGCGUUUUGUGAAGCUCCGAUCAAAGAGCGACGACAAGUACCUGCGCUACCUGUGGAGCCAAGAGUUCGCCGAGUUCUACAAGUUCAUGGGGACGAGAGGAGGGGUGGUUGAUGAGGUCAGCCCCUUCAUCAAGCUGGAGGUCGUCCCUUCAACCAGAGACCCGGCCUCCUUGGUCCACCUUCGCUCCGGCGAGAACAACUUAUUCUUGCGUCCUGUCCAUCACAGGCGUUUGGUCAUGGACUUAGUCGCCGGCGUCGCCGAGUCCCCCAACGAGGACACCUCCAACGCACUCACCUGCACCCUCUUCCAGCCGGUCUUCCCUCCGGACCAGCCCGACACCGUGUGGUUCCGUUACGUGCCCGACCAGCGCCGCGUCUUCUCGUUCGGCGCCGGCUCGGAAGUCGCCGACGUGGCGGUCGUGUUCUCCCAGGACGCGCGGUACACCACGUUCUACGAGUUCUCGCCGUGGGUGUCCUACGGGGACAAGAUGAAGGCAAAGGAGGAGGAGAUUCUGUCCCGCGACCUGGAGAUCCAGUCGCUGCGCGCCCUGCUUGGUGCCAGGGAGGACGAGGUCCGGAGCGUGCAGCGACAGCUGGCCGACAGGGACGACGAGAUCGGCGGCCUCGAGGGCGAGGUGGCGGCGUCGGAGGCGUACGUGGAGAAGUGGGAUGCCAGGCUGGAGGACGCGAUGCUGACGCUGCAGUCCACCGUGGCGUCGGCUUGGGAAGCGUUCCAGGUCAACGUCAGCUCUGGGAUCGUGAAGCUUGCAGGUGGGUUCAACAGGUUCGAUCGGGUGUUGAAACUGCAAGAAGCUAAAUGA